AGGGCUCCACCCCCGAUGGUUGGUUCGACAACAACAACCUGCUGUCUGGCUGCCUUUGCAGCAGUGACUGUCGGAGAGGACAGGACCGUGGUCGAGAUGCAGGCCCCGGCGGGCCCCAGUCCCGGGCAGACCUGUGUGCUGAUCCUGAUCUUCACUGUGCUCCUGCAGUCCCUCUGCGUGGCCGUGACUUACAUGUACUUCACCAGUGAACUGAGGCAGAUGCAGGACAAAUACUCCCAAAGUGGCAUUGCUUGUUUCUUAAAGGAAGACGAUAUCCCUUGGGACCCCAAUGAUGAAGAGAGUAUGAACACCCCGUGCUGGCAAGUGAAAUGGCAGCUCCGUCAGUUUGUUAGAAAGAUUUUGAGAACCUAUGAGGAAACCAUUCCUACAGUUCCAGAAAAGCAGCUAAAUAUUCCUUACCUAGUAAGAGAAAGAGGUCCUCAGAGAGUAGCAGCUCACAUAACUGGAACCAGUCGGAGAAGAAGCACAUUCCCAGUUCCAAGCUCCAAGAAUGAAAAAGCUUUGGGUCAGAAAAUAAACUCCUGGGAGUCAUCAAGAAAAGGACAUUCAUUCUUGAAUAAUUUGCACUUGAGGAAUGGUGAGCUGGUUAUUCAUCAGAGGGGGUUUUAUUACAUCUAUUCCCAAACAUACUUUAGAUUUCAGGAACCUGAGGAAACAGAACAGAACAGAAAGAGAAACAAACAAAUGGUACAAUAUAUCUACAAAUACACAAGUUAUCCUGACCCGAUACUGCUAAUGAAAAGUGCUAGAAAUAGUUGUUGGUCUAAGGAUUCAGAAUAUGGACUCUAUUCCAUCUAUCAAGGUGGGAUAUUUGAGCUGAAGGAAAAUGACAGAAUUUUUGUCUCUGUAAAUAAUGAGCAAUUGAUUGACAUGGACCAAGAAGCCAGUUUUUUCGGGGCCUUUUUAAUUGGCUAAAUAAUCUGCAAAGGAAAAACAGUAUUCUCAACAAAUAUUGCUUGUCACAACAAAGCAAGGAAGCCUGAGCAAAGCUGCCUCAACCAAAAGACCAAAACAACACACGGUUUUCUAAUAUCUGUGAAAGUGACCAAGUCUAAGAAAGCAACCAAGAAGAAAGUGAAAUUGCCAAAAGACCUUGGGCUCUUCCUGAUUUCAGCUUGCUAGCAGGAAUCUAGAAGAUUCUGUUACCAAACACUUAAACACUUGUGUACCUAUAAACAUCUGUCUUUAUUAUCUAUUCUUGUGAAGAUUCCAGAAGAUUAAUGACCAUCUCUAAGUAGUAUAUCACCUUGGUUGCUUCCAAGUUGCCAUUCCCAAAGUUGGAAGAGAAAGGAGAACUAGUAAAAGGUCAUGAUCUUGGGAGGCAAUCUUCUGCCUAUACAUGUGAUGUGCGAAGGCAAUUUGUGUUGUGCAUGACGUCAAAGGAGGUAUCUCAUACAUCUGGAUUUGGUGGAAAUAAUAUCGUGUUGUUAAAAAAACAAACUAAAUUUAUGAUGCCCAAAUAAGGAGCUAUUUCUGAACGGCUUGUGCUUUUUCCUACCAAAAGUCAAACUGGCCAAAAGCACUAAUAUUUUUGAUAAAGGACUCUAUGAUGAGUGAACUGCCAAUCAGAAAUCAGGGAAUUUGGUCUCAUGGGGGCAGGAGGAGAAAUGGGAAAGUGGAAAUGACAAACACAGGUAAAUCAGCAGAAAAGAGCCAAAGAAAGAUCUGAUUCCCACUCCCGACCCUAUUCUCCAUUGCCAAAUGUCUUAUCUAGUAUACAUCUCCUUAAGGUUGUAUCAUUUUUUUUGCCUUUGUCAGAACAGCAAUUGCUUUUAUCUUCCAAAAUUGUGACACAAAAUAGUUCAUUGUGCCAUUUAAUCUAACCAGUUGGAGAAAAAAAAUUAGUUGGCAUAUUUGUCUAAUCUCUUCUAAUUAUUAUCCUAAACACAGCUUAAUUUACAUUUUCAGGUUGUGUGCUCAAAUGUUAAUUUAAAUGUGUCUGAUCAAAUAGGGCUUUUUCAAAAGGCUCAUUUAAAUUUAAAUUUACAGCAUGCUGCAGAUACCUGGUACUUCUGGCCCUUUGUACUCUAUUUUCCAUAGCACUAGUCAAGUUCUUACAUACUGACAAAUUGGCUUAUUUGUUACUCUGUUUUUUAAACCCUGCUUCCUAUCUCUAGAAUAUAAGGCUGUGAUAGCAGGGAACAUUUAGUCCUGCUCAUAUCUGUAACCUCUGUACCUGGGACAGUACCUGAAUAUAGUAACCACACAAAAUGUAUUUGUGAAUAAAUGAAUGACUGAGUAAAUGAAUAUCUAAUCAUAUGGGGGAAAACAUGAAAAAUACCCCCUGCCUUAACCCUUACACUGAAAAAACUUCAAGGAAUUUAAAAAGUAACCUCAAAGUGAGGUUUUAUUUUUUAUUUUAUUUUUAAUUUUUUUUAAGAUUUAAUUUUUAAGUCCUCUCUACACCCAGUAAAGGCCUCAAACUUACAACCCCAAGAUAAGAGUCACAGGCUCCACCGACUGAGCCAUACAGGCGCCUCAAAGAAGAACUUUUAAGCAAAGAUUUAAAACUCAAAGUAAAAAACUGCAAUGAUUGUGAAUAUAAAAUUCAGAAAUGAAAGAGAAUAUCAAUUUUUACUCUAUAUUUUUAUACUAAAUUUUAAAAAUGUUACUUUUUCAAUAAAAAUGACAUGUUAAAAAUGUGUGGUUUUUGUUGAUCUAGUACUUGCAUUUGUUUUAUAGUACCAAGAUUACUAAAAAUGGGGAAAAGGACAUUUUGGGGGAGGAGGUAGGACUUCUAAUUUCUUUUUCAUGGUAUCUUUUAUCUGACGUAUCUCACAGAAGAAGUGAAUUAAUUGCUCACUUUGGUAUUUAACAUGAUAAAAUGUAUCAGUCCUUUCCUUUACAGUUAAUGCUUUUGUUAUGGGUUGAAUUGGGUCUCCCAAAAAAGGUAUGUUGAAGUCCUAUUCCCCAAUACCUCAGAAUGUGACCUUAUUUGGAAAUAGGGUUGUUGUAGAUACAAGAAGUUAAGAUGAGGCCAUAGUGGAAUAGUGUGCAUCUUUAAUACAAUAAGACUGGUAUGCUUAUUCAAGGAAAGAAAUUUAGAAAUAGACACACAGAGAGAACUCCAUGUGACAACAGAGGCAGAGAUUGGAAUAACUGCAAGAUAAGGAGCACCAUGGAUUGAUGGCCAUUGCCAGGAGUUAGGGAGAGACAAGGCAAGAUUCUACUCACAGUCUCAGAGGAAGGAUCUGAGACCAGAGUCUCAGAAAUUUCCUGACACCUUGAUUUUGAACUCCUGGGCUCCAGAGCUGUGACAGAAUAAAUUUCUGUUGUUGAAAGCCACUCAGUUUGUGGCACUUUGGUCCAACAGCCCUAGAAAGCUAAUACAGAUUUUCAUUUUAUGCCCAAGAUAUCUUUUCUACCACUACUAUGCAGAUACUGCUGUCUAUUUUUUUUCUAAAAGCUUUAAGGUCUGGCCUUUCAUAGUUUGAUAGCAUCAUUCAACUAUAAUCUAAUUUAUAUGGGAUGUGAGAUAAGGAUGAAAUUUUAUCUAUUACCAUAGUAGUAGCUGAUUGUCCACUACUGUCCAUUGGAGAGAGUCCAUUUUCUUCCCUACUGAUUUUAAUUUUUCUUCUAUCAUGUAUCAAGCACUCAAAGGUCUCUUUCUAUGCUUACCUUUUUUUCCCCCUAAUUGAUCUGGUUGUCCAUCUUUACAUCCAUAUCAUUUGGGUUUUUUAAAUUGUAAAAUAUACAUAAAAUUUACCAUUUGAACCGUUCUGAGUAUGCAAUUCAGCAGCAUCAAGUACAUUCACAUUGUGGUACAACCACCAAUAUUAUACAUCUCUAGAACAUUUUCAUCAUCCCAAACUAAAACUUUGUACCCAUUAGAUAGUAACUCUUCAUUAUCCCUUCCCCCAGCCCCUGGUAAUCACCAUACUGCUUUCUUUCUCUAUGAGUCUAUUUUAGGUACUUCGUGUAAAUAGAAUUAUACAAUAUUUGCCCUUCUGAGUCUACCUUAUUUCACUUAGCAUAAUAUAUUCCGUUCAUCUGUAUUGAAGUACGUGCCAGAAUUUUAUUCCUUUUCAAGCCUGAAUAAUAUUCCAUUGUGUUUAUAUACCAUAUUUUGUUUAUUCAUUCACCUGUCAAUCAUAUCAUCCAGCUUUAAUGGUUACUAUUUGCCUUACUAUAAAUCUAGAUAUCCAAUAUGUAUGUUCACCUUCUUUAGUCCUCUGUUUCAAAAUAACAUGGUCCCCUCUCUCUCUCAAAAUAAAUAAAUAAAGUUUUAAAAAGCAG